GCGAAUAGGCAAGAUGGCUUCUGACAGGGUAAAUCAAUCUCUACCAGUCUCAAACUCGCAACUAGAUCAUGACUUCCACAGCGGAUGGGGAAGUGUCUAUACCAACCGAAGUACCGUAAGCGACGAGGAGAUCCUUCCACUAUGGCUGCAGUAUGCCUCAGACAAAGGAUCAGUUGAACGGAAGUACCAGCGACUCCUUUACGAGUAUACCGACCUUUUUAGCGAUUUCUUUGGUGGCUACUAUCCAAUUUCCAUGCACGCUCACGCGACAGACGCCUUGCUGCCAACGACCAUUGCCAGCUUGAUCUUGAAUACCAUCGCUACCAGUCCACUGGUCCUAAACUCGCCUGAAUUAAAACCUAAAUCAGACGAGAAUCCAGAGGAUACUGGAAAGAGGGUUCGAGAUUUCGCUUUGAGCUUUCUGGGUUGGGAUGAUAAGCAUGUCCUCUCGCCCAACUUUAUUGUCGCUGAUAACAUAUAUGGUGCUGGAUAUGGACCUCUGGCACAUACCUCAAAAGAAUGGGAGAUCAGCGCAAUUGCGGCUGGCCCCAAGCCUAUUGUUGUGGACAUGAAGAAUGCAACGGAGGAGGUGCUGAACGCUCAAUUUGCCGAUGCGAAAGCGAAAGGAUGCAUCGCAGUAGUUUUCGAUCUAGUCAGUACUGAGGACGGACUUGUCUUGCGCCCUGACGAUUUCGGCAGGAUUAAGGCGUGUUGUGCUCGUAACCGACUGCUACUCAUCGUCGACGAGACAAUGACAGCGAUGCGAUGCGGGGCCCCCUUCGCAUUCCAAAGACAGGAAUAUGUCCGCAAGGAAGCGGACAAGCAGCCGGACCUUGUCAUAUUCGGGAAAGGCAUCGGCGUGAGUGGUGUCGCAAUCGGCUUCAAGGGCGUUAUUACCACAGGUCUCACUUACACGGACCCUGCUGACAUCCGCAAGACGAUACGGUACUGGCGUGCCCUUGUAAGCCGACCCAUCAGGCUACCAAUACUAUUAGAAGCGCUCAGUAUUCUACGAACGGCACAGGCGGAGAAUUGGCCGGCAAACAGUGAGAAAAUAGGGGAUGUUAUACGGGACAUCAUAGGAGAGCUAGACCCUAGUACUAGAGAGCCGGAUGCCAUCCGAGGUUUGGGGGCUGUGGUCGCAGUAAACAGGGAAGUAGCAAUGAAGUUUCGCGUCAUGUCAGCUAUUCGGCGACGAAGCCCUUGGGCUCGAUGGUUGCCCAAGCUAGAUGGUUCUUCUGCCGAUCGGGAAGUGCUUAGGAGGCAGGUCUUUGGAGUUGAUAGUAAGGCGAACAGGCAAAUUUUAGCAAAGGAGGCCGACCAAUGCGGUAUAAUUCCUUUGUGGUGCUUCAUCUGCGGCAUCGAGGCUACUUCCAAGGACUGGUGCAGAACGUGCUACUUGUCGUUCUGCGACAAUGAAGUGUGCGUGCAAGCUUUCCAUAGACAUGCCUGCGUAUAA